AUGGUGGUGAACAAGUUUUCUUCUCCCCGAGAUCGAAUCGCGAUCGAACAGGAAAUCGGAAUCGAGACGUUAUCCCGGGCUCCGCUUGCCGAUGGCGCCAUGGCUGUGGCCGAUGGUACCCUUUGGCCAGAUGAGCCUAUCCUAGACAUCUCCGCAGGGAGGAGGAUCGGAUGGAGGAUGACGGGUGAGAUUUUGAAGACCGCGUCUUGA